AAUCCAUACAUACUUGCCAACUUCAUUGCCUAAACAAAUGGUACACGUCCCACUCUAGCGUGUCGAUGUGUGUGUUUUGACCACGUAGAACUAGACCUUGCAUUAGUCAUACGCCUGUCCUAGACGUUUUAGUUGUUUGUUGACAAACGUAUGCCAUAGGCCAAUCUAUAUUUGUGGAAUUGUGGUGUUGUGUUAGUUGGUGUGCGAUAUCGUACGGUUCUAAUACUCCUAAUACGCUGAAAUAUAGCAUAUUAUAUCAUGUCUGGUGCUGGUGCAUCUCCCAACCCUAACAGGGGUGGCCGCCCGCGUGCGAACACGGCAUCAGGAAACAACAGUAGACCGUCAGGACCAUAUCCGGUUAAUCCUAUGGACGGCGUGCUUGAUCCGCGUAAUAUAAGCACUCAACAACCUUCUAGAAGCCCUCAACCGCAACGCCAACCCAGACCCAAUCAGCCCCAAGAUGGUGUAUUGGUACCCCGAGCCCAACAACAUGGAGGUAGUGGGAAUCCUGGGGGAGGGGGUGGUUCGAGGCCAAAUUCUCAGGGGGGCAAAAAGGUGGUAAUAGUUCCUACUAGUAAAGCACCUGGCCAAGGACACGGCCAGGGUCAGGAACACCCCAAACAACGCCGAAGUUCUUCGGCUCAAAUGCACUCGCCGAAUGUGAUAAACCCUAGAAAGCCAGCACAGCAGAAUAACCCGCAACGGAAUCCAGUGCCGGGU